AUGCCCGGCACCUGGACCCGCACGGCCGCGCGGGACCGCUCAACCGCCCUCGCCGCUUCCUCACAAACACCCGCCUCUCACGCUCGCACAACGACCCAGCGAGGCCCAGCAACCCGCGAAGACGAUCAGCAGAUUUCGCAAAUCUUGGCCGAGAUGUCGCAGCACCCGCAGGGGGCACAGUCGGCGACUCCUCCUCCGCAACAGCCUCAGGCGUCGACUUCGACGGCCCUGGAGGGGAUCCCGGUUGGAUCGCCUCAGACGACGACGACUACCGGAUCAAGCUCUAUCGACCCGCUGCUCAACCCUCUGCCCCUGCCUGUCCCCCCUCCCCUCCCGCCCCUUACCACGGCCGCCUCGAUUUCCGACGCGAAGGGCAAGGGGAAGGCUACUGCAGCGAGCGCGGGAGGAGCGUCUGCAGGAGCGGGAGCCGGCGCGAAGAGUAGAGGAAGGGGGAAAAGCGACGAGCGGUUGCAGAUGAAGGAGGAGGACUGGGAGCGGAGCAGGAAGGACAAUCAUAAAGAAGUCGAGCGCAAGCGACGCGAAACGAUCAAUCAAGGCAUCACGAACCUCGCCGCCCUCCUCCCCUCAGAACUCCUCACGCAAUCCGCCUCUCCCUCCGACACAUCCGCCUCUACCUCCAAAUCCACCUCCAAGCCUCCCAAAGAAACCACCAACAAAUCGACGAUCCUCAGCCUCACGCAGUCCUACAUCCUCCAACUCAAGGCGUCCGAGCAGCGGAUCAUCGAGAAGUGGACGCUGGAGAAGUUGUUGAUGGAGCAGAGGGUGAGGGAGGUUGAGGGUGAGAGGGAGGGGUGGAGGAAGAGGGCGGAACUGGCCGAGGCGGAGGUGAAGCGGUUGAGGGGCGAGCCGAGCGGGGAGAGCAGUGAAGCUGGGAGGGACAAGAAGCGCGCGAGGGUCGAGGAUGGAGAGAGUGCGCAAGGGAAGGCGCAGGAGAACGGCGCGACGGAGGGCGCGUGA